ACCUUCUUUUAGGAAAGUUUGUUCUUUCCCCUUCCCAAAUCUACCCUGCAAAAAUGGGCUGCUGGUGUGCGGCGCCAUUUGACGAGAAAUUGAGGUCCAAUUCCAUCAUCCCAAAUUUGAAAUUUGAUUUCUCUAAUUUGGCAAUAUUUGAUUUUAUCUUUUACCCUAAGAAGCUUAAUGAGGACGAGCCAUUAUGGGCAUCACCGAAAUCGUUGAUCAAGAGAGAGGGGGGGGGGGGCAAAAAAAGUUUUUUUACAACCUUGAAUGGGGGCGAAGGAUAGAAACAAGAGAGAGUUAAAAUGUCUUUUACCCUCCCAUUUCACUGGACAAACCGUGGUUGAACCAGAUUUAACGGCAUUGAGAUGGAAAAACUAACAGAGGGGUAAAUUUGAGAAUUGUUUGAUAGUAGAGGAGCAUGUUUGACUUGAUUUAUAAUAGAGUGGCAUGUUUGAGAAAGAUACAUAGUAGAGGGCAUAAUACAUAUAAUCCCCUUUUUCUAAAUUCGUUUAGGUCUCCAUCAAUUUUGUUGGUCUGAUUUACGUUUGGAUUGUUUGUUAUCUUUAGUGGUGUGGCACUUUGACCAGAUGCUUCUCUAGUAGGGUGAUGCUGCAUGAUGUAAGGGAAGGGAAGGGAAGGGAUGCUAGUUCAUAGUCUGCUACUGGGAGAUUCUUGGAUCAUUUUGUAAUAGCUGGGGGAAUGGAAAACGUCAAUGUAUCAUCUCUUUCCCUUACCUUUCCUUUCCUUUGUGCUCUUCUCCUGUGAAUAAAUGCGACUACUUACCACCUAUUUAUGCCUAGGGUAAUUUCGACAAGCUUACCUUUCAUCCGCCCUAGGUCAGCAACACAUUUAAUGCAUCGUACCUUAUAAAUGUUAUUUGCCUCGACCACCUGUCAUCCUUUUCAAUGGAGAUCAGGCGCAUGGUGCCAAUUUGUUGUCGUUCGUACUAUUAUGGAUAGUCAUCGAAUUUGUCGUUCUGCAUCUUGACGGAGGCACUAGUCAUGGGCUCACCUUGCGAAUGGCCCAUUGGGUAGUUCGCUGGACUUUCUGCAGGUCCUUCUCUUUGUUGCGUCUUCCAUCUAGGCCUUGCUUGUACGCUUUCCUACAAAUAUACCCAACAAUUUUACCACAAUUAGGCGCUGGAGAGGCUUCCUCAAGCGUCUAAUUACGCACUCUAUUGUAACCAAUGCGUCUCCACCCUUUGUUUCUCUCAGUCUUUCAUGCGUUAAUUUUUCUCCUCAUACACCCGAUUACUUAGGAGCAUUUUGUGAUUACUCCUGAUUUGAAUUAUUAUUUCGUCAUUCUUGUCUCACUGUCAGACUUUCAUACCCCAAAGGGGCCCAUUCGCCCUAUAAAAGCGUAAAACCACUUGGACAAUGUCCGCACUCAAGGCGCCCCUUCGAUUUGGCUAACUUCCCUCUUGUGUGCGUUGUUGAAGGUGCAUGACAAUUGAGUGUGUCAUCCAUAAAAAGGCGCAUGCCUAUCAGGCACGUGGCACCCAUCUCCUGUAGGAAGAAAUCUACAUGAAAUAACCUGAAGGGUUCAUUGUCCCGGACAAGAACAUAAGAUAUGUAGAUUGGUGAGUCUGUAUAGAAUCCCAGAUUGGCCAAAUCGAAUCCCAAAUCGUCCAAAUUGAAUCCUUGAAACUCUAAAGCGAAUCCAUGAAACCAAAUAGUCGAAUCAAUGAAUCAGAAGAAAGGAAGAGGUCUUCCUCAACAACAUUCCCUCUCCUCGCAACCAGCGUAUUCAUAUUCCUCACGCUACCAGCGUCAACAUCUUCUUCCUUCAAGCACCGCUACCAUAAAAAACUACCACCGCUACCAUCCUCGCCAAGCACUGACGUCUUCUCCUCGAGUCGUCAUCUUCUUCCUUGAGUCAUCGACAUCUUCCUUGUAGCCCUCGUUGCAAUCGUCGUCUUUCUCGCAACCGUCAACGAAGAGGGGUUUUUUUUGUGCGUUAUCAUGAGAGGAAAGGGGAUAAAUUGGAGAGAGGAGAGAAAGGAAAUCGGCAAAAUGAUGGAGAGAGAAGAGGAUACUCAAGAAAAUGUGAUUUUUUAAAGAGGAGAAAGAAUAUUUUUAUUUUGAGUGGGCCUGAUUUUCCCAACAUAAAGGGCUUGGACCAACCAAGCCGCAAAAAUAAUCUCCCCCUCACAUGUCGGCGCCAGUCUUUCCCCGUGGUAGGAUCGCGGCUCGUCUGAUGUGAAGAUCCAUCCCGUCCUAUCAGUAAUUACUAGUGUGGCCACGGCCAGUUGGCCGGAGGAAGGUGAUGUAUGAAAUUUGAUAAUGUAAUGGGGGUGUAUAAUUUGUUAUUGUAUAGUAUUUUUGGGAAACACGUGAUAAAAAUAGUGAAUUUUAGUAGAAAAGAGACAUAAAUGAUGCAACGAAUAAAAAAUCAGCCUUAUGAACCAAAAUCAAGUAUCUGUUACCUUGUGAAACAAUAUUGUUUCUGGUAAUAUGAUGAGGUGGAGUAGGUUUUACAGAAACUCAAUUCCAGAAAAUCGAAUAAAAAAUCGCCUAUCUCGCCGGUUUUCGGGAAAUGAGCAUCUCACAAUCAUUGCUAGCUUUUACUUGGCCCGUUGGCCGAUUGAUUUGCUUUAUAAAACUUUCAUCUUGUUGUCAUUGUGCUUUCUGGUUUUUGUCAAGCCAUGAUAAAAUCUAAAAAAAUCAAGAAUGAACAACACGAUUUGGGAUAGGAAUCGUUGUUCCUGUAUCCCUAGAAAAUGGUGGUAAACACGGACUCACCUGCCAAACUGGUUUGGAUUGAGAUUUUUAUCGGGUAUCAGGGAACCAUGUGAUUAUAAAUUAGACUUGAUCAAAACAGCCCAAAACUUGAAAUUCAGCCUGUUUGACCGACCCAUGCCAAACUCUAAUUAUUCUUUACUUUUAAACUUUAUAUUUGAAAAUAAAAAAUAAUGAAAGAAAAGAGAUGACUGCAAUUCGCCAUUUGCACAUCACUAAUUGUGGAAUAAAACUAUAGAAUUUCGAAAGAAAGCUGAAAAUGUUUAGGAUCGUUUUAAUGUUAAAAAUAACCAAAUAGAUCUUUCUGUUUAUUUUUUUCUAUCAAAUACCAAAUGAUUCCCUAUAAAAUACACUAUAAUUUAAUAAUUAUGAUAUCAAAUAAUUACAUAAUAUAUAUUUGAAAUGAUACAUAUUUGGACUAAUUGGGUUGGUCGAGGUUGAACCAUUGAAUAACUUUAAAAUACAUUA